UUUGCCCGCAUUCAAGAUGGCCCCUGCGGCUACAAAAAGGCGUCACGUGAUCCUAGAGGCGGGAAAGCCGCUGCUACGCCAAAGGCCUUUCCGCGCGGCUCUUGGCCCCGUGAAAACGACGAUGGAGAAGUUUGCCAGCCCGGGCAGAGGCAAUGGCCUCCGCCUCUCGAAGGCCGUCAAGGCCGGGGCGCUGCUGUACCGCGAGGAGCCCUUCGCCUAUGCCGUCACCAAGAAGCGCCUCGGCGCCGCCUGCGAGCGAUGCUUGCGCAGGAAGGAGCGGCUGCUUAGAUGUUCUCAGUGCAAAGUUGCAAGAUACUGUGAUGCACGUUGCCAGAAAGAAGCCUGGGAGGACCAUAAACGGGAGUGUAAAUGUAUUAAGAGUGUGGAGCCUAACUUUCCGCCAGACUCAGUUCGGCUUGUGGGGAGGAUCAUUUUCAAAUUAUUAAGACAGUCAACAUGCCCAUCUGAGGAGCUCUACUCUUUUUCAGAUCUUCAGUCAAAUGUUGAAAAGCUAAGUGAAGAAAUGAAAGAAGGCCUUGGGCAUCUUGCAAAAACGCUGCAACUGUAUUUAAAGGUAGAAAUCCAGGAUGUUUCUCAGCUGCCACCUGCCUUGGAUGUUUUUGAGACCUUCGCAAAAGUGGCCUGUAACUGUUUCAGCAUUAGCAAUGGAGAAAUGCAGGAUGUUGGUGUUGGACUUUAUCCCAGCAUGUCUUUGUUGAAUAACAGUUGUGAUCCCAACUGUGCUAUCGUCUUUGAGGGCCCCGAGCUCCACCUUCGCUCCAUCCGGGAAAUCCAGGAGGGGGAAGAGCUCACCAUCUGCUAUGUUGAGACCAUGAUGCCCACUCCAGAACGUCAGGAACGCCUGAAGCGCCAAUAUUGUUUUGAAUGUGACUGCCUCAUGUGCUGUACAAAAAGCAAGCACAGAAGGGCCGGGAAAAGAAAGUGCAGGUCGAGGCAGGAUGCUGACAUGUUGGCGGGGGAUGAACAAGCUUGGAAAGCAGCCAAAGAAGUUAUAAAUAAAAAGGGAGCUCCAAAGUCACAAGAAGAAUGGGAAGAAGUUCUGAAGACAUGUGAGACAUUACUAAAGAACAGUGAAGCCAAGCUCCCUGAUACAAACAUCUACCAGAUGAAAAUGCUUGAUCUUGCCAUGGAUGCCUGCAUAAAUCUUGGCCUUUUGGAGGACGCCCUGCAUUAUGGUCACAAAACUGUGGAGCCUUACAGGUUUUAUUAUUCUGGUGCCCAUCCUUUGAGAGCAAUCCAGAUGAUGAGAGUGGCAAAGUUGCAGUACAACCAAGACAUGUUUUCCCAGGCCUUGGAAACCUUGAAAGAGGCUUAUGAUAUUAUGAAAGUGACCCAUGGGACAGAGCAUAGCCUAGUGCAAGACUUGAUGAUGCUUAAGGAAGAAUGUGAGGCUGGCUUGCAAUUGGAAUGAAGAAGACCUACAAAUCACUGUCGGGUUUUGGGGUGGGGGGGAGACACAACAGAAAAGACAGAAAACAGCAAAUGCCUUUCCAGACAGCCCAUAUGAAAUCUUCCUACAUGUAUACAAAUCCCAUUAAUAGGAGUGCAGUAGGAAAAGAUUCCAUUUGUUUUGAAGUAUAAGCUCUCUAUUAUUACCUUCUGGUAAUUUUCCAAGUGAUAUUUCUUAACACUUGACAUUCUAACAUGAAGUGUGCUCCCUGCAGUUCAAUGUACUGAGAAAGAAAUCUGGACAGUCACGGUAUUAUUAAAUAUGUAGAAAAUGAA